GAUUCUGUGGCAUCAUGGCGGGAACCGAGGCCCCCCAGCCGCAGAAGCGCUAUUACCGGCAGCGCGCCCACUCCAAUCCCAUGGCGGACCACACGCUGCGCUACCCUGUGAAACCAGAAGAGAUGGACUGGUCUGAGCUUUACCCAGAGUUCUUUGCUCCUCUUACUCAAAAUAAGAGCCAUGAUGAUGCAAAGGAUGAGAAAGAGAAGCAAGCUGGGGCCCAAGUGGAAUUUGCAGACAUAGGGUGUGGCUACGGUGGUUUGUUAGUGGCACUGUCACCACUCUUCCCAAAUACCCUGAUUCUGGGUCUGGAGAUCCGGGUAAAGGUGUCGGACUAUGUACAAGACAGGAUUCGGGCCCUCCGUGCCGCUCCUGGAGGUGGAUUCCAGAACAUUGCCUGCCUCCGCAGUAACGCCAUGAAACACCUGCCUAACUUCUUCCGCAAGGGCCAGUUGACGAAGAUGUUCUUCCUCUUUCCCGACCCACAUUUUAAGCGAACGAAGCAUAAGUGGCGAAUCAUCAGUGCCACGCUCCUGGCGGAAUAUGCCUACGUGCUGAGUGUUGGGGGCCUGGUGUACACCAUCACCGAUGUGCUGGAACUACACCAGUGGAUGUGCACCCAUUUUGAAGAGCAUCCACUGUUCGAGCGUGUGCCUCUGGAAGAGCUAAGUGAAGAUCCCAUUGUGGAACAUCUAGGCACUUCCACUGAGGAAGGAAAGAAAGUUCUACGCAAUGGAGGAAAGAAUUUCCCUGCCAUCUUCCGAAGGAUACAGGAUCCCGUCCUCCAGACAGUGACCCCCAAUCCCACCCUGCCUGACCACUGACUUCUAACCCUGCCUGAGCUGGACUCAUCUAGUAACUAGAAGAAAGAUCAACUCCCCACCCCAGGCCUGCUCAGACUGCUGGGACACGGCCAUGAUCUCUCCGAGAAGCUGGGUGUGGCCUGUAUUCUCACCCAUCACUGACUCUGUGUUCCUGCCCCUCCGCUGUCAGAAGAAAGCAGAAGAAGCUGACCUAGAAGGUCAAAGGACCUUGGACCAGAGGGUGUAUUUGGAGGGGUGUGGGGUUUUGUUCUCAGCUGGAGUGAAGAGGGCAGCGCCCUGCUGUCUAAGCUGUGUGUUUGGCUCAGGUUGCCCACCCCCCGUUGUGUUUACUCUGCAGUCCUGGGGAUAGUGUGUGUGCCCUCGUGCCCAUGCUGCUGUUUCCCAGGAAUGCUGGGGUGUGUAUCACGUGCCUCCUCUCGUCUCCUGGC